AGAGCAAAUUCGAUUCAGUUGUUGGUCACGUAAGAUCGUCGUAAGAUUUUCGUUCGAUGUUCGAUGUUCUCAUCGAAGAAUUCGAUGACAAAAAGGAAAAUUCAGUCCUGUAAAUCAUCAAUCUUGAACAUCACCCACAUGUCAUGUCGUCAGUGAGAGCAUUUCGCGUAGAAUUUAAUCGAUCGAUCGCUGUGUAUAUGGCCGGUGAAAUUGUCAGUGGAAAUAUUAUCGUGGAUAUAACAAAAGAGAAACAAAUUAGAGGACUUUCUUUUAGUGCGACAGGAAAGGCACACGUGCAUUGGGACGAAAAUAUUUUAUCGACCCAAAAUAAACAGCGAACACUAUAUUAUACCAGUUCAGAGAAAUACUUUCAGCUUAUAUGCAACAUAAUUGCUGAUUCACGGGUCAAACUGCCCAGAGGACAUAACCAGUAUCCUUUUAGCUUCCAAUUGCCUUAUACUAUACCAAGCAGCUUCGAGCAUAAAAAUGGAUAUAUAAGAUACACGAUAAAAGCCGUGAUCGAUAGACCAUGGAAGUUCAAUCACGAGUGUAAAGCAGCGUUCACUGUAAUUUCGAAUCUAGAUUUGAAUGUUCAUCGUGAAAAAUGUUUAGGAGUCAAUGAUGAAACGAGAAAAAAUUUCUGUUACCUUUGUUGCUUCAAGAAGGGCACGAUGAAUUUGCAAAUUUCAAUACCAUUCUCUGGAUACGUAGCAGGACAAAUGAUAAAUGUAACGGUGGACUAUGUGAACUCUACGAAUAUAUCGAUUACGAGAGUCUGCACGAAAUUGUUACGAAAACUCGAAUUCCAUUCCGCUAUCAAAACGAUUACUAAUAACUCUAUAACUAAAACGAUGAAUCAUAACUCUGUAAUUAAUAAAAUGAUCCAGGCAGGACCAUUUCCUACAAAUGGACAAGUAAUAUCAAAACUUUUGAUACCACCAAUACCACCUUCCUAUCUUGAAUAUUGUAGUAUAAUAGAUGUGAACUACGAUUUGAUCGUCUGUGUUCACGUUUCGGGGCCGCAUCGUAAAAUCAUGAAGCGUUUUCCUAUUCUAAUUGGAACGAUACCAUUAUACUUCCCUCCUUCUGCACCACCUCUGAACAACGUUAUAUCCAAUCAUUCGAUUUCAUAUACGAAAGAAUCUGCGAUAAUGCCAGUUCCAACGCCAACAUCAGAACAAUCAAAUGCAUCAUAUCUUCCGGUAGGAGACCAGUCUGUUGUUCCAGAACAACCUAGCAGUUCUUCGAUUAAUAUGGAUAUACCGCCACCAUCGUAUGAGGAAUAUAUGUCUGGAACUCAAAAUAUUCUAGAUCAAAACGAAUCUGAGUAUGUGUUUGGUGCGAAUACUCCUUUUACGCCUAGGUAUCCUGUAUUCAACUAUCCAGCACCAAGUAUACAUAAAUGAAUAGAAGAGUGGAUUAAUCACUUACAGCUAUCUAAGUUGUACAUUUGUAAUAAAAAAACUAACCCACAGUUAUUAAACAAUUCUUUCCGUGUUAUUAUAUUUUGAUAUAAAUUAUACUGGUUUAUUUUUUUAUGUACACAGGAAACUUUUUAUUUCGCGAAAAAAGAAGCAAAUAUUGUUCUACUGAAAUCUGAAGGUAUAAAGGAAAAUCAGCAGUUUUAUGAAAAUGAAAUAUUUACAAAUUUUUAUUUUUAUAUCUUAACAUUGUCAUGUUAUAAUCAUAAUUCUCAUCGAGUUGCAUUAUAAUUAGCAAAAGAGAAGAGAAGAAAAGGUCGAAUAUCGAUAACAAGAUGAAUCAGAAAAAUUUUAAAUCAAAAAGUAGCGAGGAAUGGGAGAUUUAUCGUUAAACUUGGGAAAAUCAAUAGAUUACAAAUCACUCAAAAAGAUUUGAAUAAAAAGAAGAGCAAAGAACUUGCAAUAACUUUUGAACGCGUCUACUCGCUCGGUUAAGAAUAUGGGGGAAAGCUUAUCAACAAGUUACAAAUCUCGAGUCAUCAUUCGUAUAAUAGAUUCUGUGUGUACAUUUUAUCUUGAUGAUUUUGCAAAUGUACAUAGUACAAUUCAUAUUUUAAUCACUAAAUUAAACAUGUCAUUGCCAAAAAUUGAACCCAAUCAUCUUAUAAUGUUAAUAGACACGGUUGUUAUUCUUUUAUCUUUAAUUUUGGAGUACGAUUUACUAUCGGAUGACUAUAAAAACUUUUCUUUCAACUUGUUCGUGAAAUAAAUGAAGAGAAGUAUUAAUAUAUGAUUGAAUUAUACUUUUGUACAAAUGAAGAAAAGUAUUAAUAUAUGAUCAAAUAUAAAAAAAAAAUAUACAAUAUAACUAAAACUAGAUAAGGUCAAUUCCAAUUAUAUUUUUGCAGGAAUGACGUAUAUGUAUUACAGCUGGUCCCAUUAUGCAUUCAUGUGUAAUUCAUAGGUAAAACAAUUCUUCGUAUUGAAUACACUCAUUAACAAAAAUUUUACUUCAAGGUUAUUAUUUAUUUUAAAAUAAUCGUACAAUGUUCACGGAAACAUCUGACUUUCUAUUGAGAAAAUCUAUUGAGAAAAAUUCAUAUUGGAAAAAAAAUAGAAACAAUUGUGCUACGAUAAUUCGUCCAUUUUUUAAUUUUAACAAAAUUCAGUUUCGCUUUUAUUACUUUUUACAAUUAAUUUACUUAUUACAAUUGCCCUUAUUAAAGGGAUACAAAUCAACAUAUAAAAUCUUAAGGUGAGGGUCGUAUACCUAGGCAGAAUCGUCGGGCCAAAAAGUAACUAUACUUUUAUGGGACUUCUUUCAAUGGUCUUGGCCUUAAUUAACAAUAGAGUAGUGCAGUUGAAUUCAGAUUUAACAGUUCAGAUCUAGCAGUUCAAUUUAAUAGUUCAGCAAGAGAGUUCAACCCUCAAUUUUGCAUAAGCAGACAUACCAGAACGAUCUCCUAGGCUCAGUACGUCAGUCAGUCACUACACACCAACAACUAUUCAACACAUUUAAAUAUAAGGAUUGAAGAACAUCAGUCAUCUUUUAAUAUGACUCAAUAAAUGAUUUAAUAUCUCUCCGACGGAAUUUAAACGCCGAAUGACAGAACUUCGGCACGCGGACAUCAAUUCAGACACCGCCGUGCUGAUACAAACUUUGAGCAUGAUAAAAGACCAACUCUCUGACAUACCUAUUAAAGACGAAACAAUUUACCCUAAAUAUACAAUUAUUAUAUAGAUUAUAUUACAUAAUUACAAUAAUUAACUAAACUAUAUCUAAUAUUGUAAUAAUUAUGUUAACUUUUAAUACAAAAUUGUACACAGCACGAGUGCCAGUUUGAAACAUAUAAUAAACGUUAGAAUAAUGAAUGUUAGAGAAUAUAAUGUAUUCUACUGAAUGUUAAGAUUUAGAGAAUAUAAUGUGUCGUUGACUAUCUAAGUAUUUUUGUAACUUCUGUAAAAUAUUAUUGUUAUCACUGUAACGUAGAUACUACACAUUUCGUAAUUUCUGCAUAUAUUUUGAAAAUUGUUUAAAAUUUCAUUAAUAUGACUAAUGACUAUAUAAUUAAUGACAAUUGGAUAUAUAAUAUUAAUUAUAAGUAUAAAUAUAAUACUAAGGUCGGAUGCACUCGUGCAAUGCGAUUUUCACACAAAAUCGAUAAGAAGAAGGAAAAAACACAAAAGAGUCAGGGACAACAUAAAUAUAAAAAUAUCGCUGCGUCCCAAAACGAUUGCACAUCGCGUCGUUUGCAAAGUCACAGAUGCCAAGAAAAAGAAACGAGAUAACAGUGACGCGAUGAUUAAACCAAGCGAUAUUUUUAUGUUAAUGUUAUCCUUAUCUCUCUUGUAUGAAGAUCGCACCGCAAUCCCGUGGCUCGUACAUCGAGCCUAAUUAUCAAUAAUGUCAACAUGUAAUAUAACAAAAUAAAUUUCAUCAGUAAAUAAAUAAAAU